AUGGUGGAUAGCCUGCUCCUUCUACCUGCGUUUUCCUUGCUAGCAAUCGUCUUCUCCAUGGCGAUUAACGUCGGUCCAAGCGAAGCAGCAGCUUAUGAUCGUGCUGCUGACUGCCCGGUUUCAAACUGUAGCGACGCCAGCCCCCUCAUCAAGUUUCCCUUCCGUCUCAAAGACCCACCCCUUCACUGUGGCCAUCCAGAGUUUGAGGUUUCUUGCUUAAAAAGCAAGACAGUGAUUCAGCUCUCCUCAUCAUCAGGACUGUUUCCUAUCCAAAGUGUCGAUUACCGCAGCCGAACUUUCAGCGUCUACGAUGAUGAAGAGGGUUGCUUUCCAAGACGCCUUCUUAAUUUUAUAAUCUCCACCACCUCGCUCUUUGAACCAAUACCUUCUCAGGAACCUAUGCACGGUGGCGGACAUCAUCAAGUUCUGGCUGUUCGGCCAACAGCUUCUGUCACUGAGGUGCCGUUCAGAACUUGCAGUACCUUGAAACAACUAGACCUUCCGCUACGAAGAGUGGAUGAUGGCAAUAGUACUGGGUAUCACUGUUUUCUAUCAACUCGGAGGUCGAUUAUCAUGGGAGCGAGCUUAGCUUCUUUUGUUCUAAUAUCGGCGAUGGCAGCAGUAGCAGUUUUCUUCCAUGUAAAACAAUCAAAUAGAAAACGGGAAAAGGAGAAUCAACUGAAGGUUGAAAGGUUCCUAAGGGAUCACAAAUCUCACGUACCAACAAGAAACUCCUACGCCAAUAUUAAAAAGAGGACAAAUGGAUUCAAGAAGAAGUUAGGUGAAGGAAGUUUUGGAAGUGUUUACAGCGGAGAGCUUCCAACUAAUGGAGUUCCAGUAGCCGUAAAAGUCCUCAGUGAUUCGAAAGGAAACAGAGAAGAUUUUGUUAAUGAAGUGGGAACCAUUGGCAGAAUUCACCAUGUCAAUGUGGUUCGCCUACUUGGGUUUUCUGCUGAAGGAGGCAAGCGUGCGCUUAUUUACAAGCUCAUGCAAAACGGGUCCCUAGAGAACUUCAUCACAUUUAAAGAUCAAUCCAACAACACUUCGUUUGAUUUGCAGAAAGUUCACAACAUCGUCAAUGGUACAGCGAAGGGAAUCGAGUAUCUUUACCAAGGGUGCGCCCACAUGAUCCUCCACUUUGAUAUCAAACCUCAUAACAUACUGUUAGACCAUGAUUUCAAUCCUAAGAUCUCGGGUUUUGGUCUUGCUAAACUCUGUUCCAAGGAAGACAGUAUCAUAUCUAUGACAGCUGCCAGAGGCACCGUGGGCUACAUUGCACCAGAAGUGUUCAGUGGGAACUUCGGGAGCGUGUCCCACAAGUCAGAUGGGUACGGUUUCGGUAUGCUAGUGCUUGAAAUUGUUGGAUCCAGAAAACACCCUGCUCUUACAUCUGGAACCAGUGAGGUCUACUUUGAAUGGGUUUACAAUUGUCUAGUUCAAGGAGAAGCGUUGGAUUUGAAGCUAGAUACGAAUGAGGACACUCAGAUUGCUAAGAAACUGGUGCCUGUGGCACUAUGGUGCAUCCAGUGGUACCCAGCGAAUUGCCUUUCAUGA